UGAACACGACACGUGAUCAGAGCGUUGUUCAUUUCAAGAUGGCGGACAGCGAAGUACAAGAAAAUCAAGCUAACAGACCGCAGUUUCCACCAAAUUUAGGCCCACAAGCAGACCAUGAUGGUAAAUCCCAACAAGGCCCUGCACAAAACUUUCCACCUGGGGUAAACAUGAUGUUCAAUCGAAUGCCAGCUAUGAUGCCAGGUGGAAUGCCAGGAAUGGUACCAAACGCUAGACCAAAUUUCGGAAAUCAAUUACCACACAUGAAUUUACCAGGGUUACAGAGGCCACCAAUGAAUGCUGUUGGUAUGCCAAACCUACCAAUGCCAGGGAUGCCACCAAACAUGCAGCCACCCAUGAUUGACACAAACGGUGAUCUGUGGCUGGAACACAAAACACCAGAAGGAAAGGUUUACUAUUAUAAUGCAAGAACUAGAGAAUCGGCUUGGGAGAAGCCAAAGAAUCUUGUAAACAACUUGAAACAACAAGAUCAAGCACAGCAGCAACAUGACAGUGAUAAGGCUGCAAAUGAAGCACAUCAACAACAACGAAAUGGUCCACAACCACCUAUGGGAAAUUUAAACCCACUCUUACAGCUACGGUCACCACAAUUUCCACAUGGUAUGCAAAUGCAAUUACCCUUUCCAGCAGGCUUCCAACAAGCUCACCAACCAGGCCUUGGUAUGACACAACACCUGCCUACAAAUCCAGGUAUGUACCCCGGUGGCAUACCCCCUCUGCUUUCUGCUCAACGGCAUCCUGAAUGGAGUGAGCAUAAAAUAGCUGACGGUCGUUCGUACUACUACAAUUCCCAAACAAAGGCAUCUGUUUGGGAAAAACCCGAUGUUUUGAAAACUCCUGAGGAGAAAAUGAAAGACUCUAAACAAACGUCUGAGAUGAAUAUACCUCAACAAAUUCCAGAUGGUAGUGACGUUAAAAUCGUAGACCCAACAAAAGCACUUCAGGAUGAAAAACCAAGUGAAACAAGUAAUGAUACAUUCAGUGAUGGUCAGUCUGGUAAUAAACCAGUGGCAAGUCAUGCUGUACCUGGCACACCAUGGUGUAUUGUGUGGACUGGGGAUGAGAAGGUGUUCUACUUUAAUCCUACAACAAAAGUUUCUGUGUGGGAGAAACCUGAAGACCUGGUUGAUAAUGACAAAGUGGAUGAAAUGUUGAAGGCUGGUCCUGAGAAUAAAGCAGAAAAAAGCAAAGAUCUCAAGCGAAGCCCUGACGAUGCAGGGGAACCGGAACCAGAACCAGAAGCUAAGAAACAACGCAGUGUCGAUGAAGAAAGCGAUACUCCCGAAGUGCCAGCUGCAGCAGUUGUGCAAGAAGAAGAGAAACCAAAAACUGAAACAGGCAAAGCAAUUGAGAGAGAAAGAGACGCUGCCAUCAAACGAAAGACAUUAGCUUUGGAGGAAAGAAUGAACGACUUUAAAGAAAUGCUUCGAGAAAGAGCGGUUUCGGCGUUUUCAACAUGGGAUAAAGAGCUGCCGAAGUUUGUCUUCGACUCUCGCUAUUUGUUGUUGAAUCAGAGAGAAAGGAAGGCGGCGUUUGAUCAAUAUGUCCGAUCCCGUGCCGAAGAAGAACGGGUGGAAAGGAGAAACAAGUUGAAGGAAAAGAAGGAAGCGUUUAAAGCCUUGUUGGAAGAGGCUAAAGUGUCAUCAAGGACAACGUUCAGUGAGUUCUCGUUAAAACACGGCAAAGAUGAGAGAUUUAAGGAGAUUGCUAAGAUGAGGGAACGUGAAGGUCUGUUUUCAGAUUACGUCGCCGAGUUGCGAAAGUUGGAACGAGAAGCAUCGCAGAAGAAGAAAGAUUUCGUCGAUGAAAAGGUAAAAGAAGAGUAUUUUAAGCUGUUAUCAGAACAAGACAUUAAGACAGAGGAUCCGCAUUGGCAUACAGUCAAAGCAAACAUCUGCGAGGACCCAAGGUACAAGGCCAUUGAGAGCAGUCAUCGCCGCAAAGAACUGUUUAAGGAAUAUAUACAACAAUUUCAACAGCCUGAAAAAACCGAACCAGAUGAAGAGAAAGAGAAGUUAAAUCGUGUCGAAGCAAGUCUACGAGAACGAGAACGACAAGUGUAUGCGCAGCAGGCGGAAAUGAUGGACGAACGUGAGAAGGAGAAAGAAAAACAUGUGAAAGAAAAAGCUACCCAACAUUUUCAAGCUCUCAUGUCUGAUAUGGUUCGGAAUGCUGACGCAAAUUGGAAGGAAACAAAACGUAGCUUGAGAAAAGAUCAUCGUUGGCAGAUGUUGGAAAGUUUAAGCAAAGAGGAAAAGGAAAAGUUGUUCAAUAAUCAUAUCAACCAACUGAUCCAACGAAAAAGAGAUCAAUUUAGGAAACUUCUAGAUGAACAGACAGAGAUCGGGCUUACCACAAGCUGGCGAACAGCGAGAAAAUUGAUAAAGGAAGACCCAAGGUUUUCAAAAUAUUCAUCUAGUGACAGGAAGCGUGAAACAGAAUUUAAUGAUUAUAUGAGAAAUAAACUUAAUCAAGCCAAGAAUGAAUUUUGGGAUCUGCUCAAAGAAACUCAUGUUAUUGACCACAGGUCAAGCAAGCUUUUAGCUGAAUCAGACAGACAUUUAAAGGAUAUAAUUGAAACAUUAAAGCAAGACCGUCGAUAUUUGGUGCUAGAUGAUGCUGAUGAUGAGCGUGAUAGGAUCCUUUAUCAAUACAUUGGUGAACUCUCUCGUCGUGGCCCUCCCCCACCUCCCACGGCCUCAACUCCAGCUAACAGAAGCAAGAGACCAUGGUUUGUACAGGAUAACCUAACCUAGAGUCAACUCAUGCAUCAGCCACACAAACUGUCCCAGGUUGCCCCAGAAUGUUUGAAUACACAUGCAGUUAAGACGAUGAAUGUUUUUAUCAAAACUGCUGGGCAAUUGUAUCAUAUCUGAACAUUUUUAAGUUAUAACUUCACUUCACUGAAGUUUGACACGACUAUGCACCUGUUGAAAACAUCAAAG